GCGACAUCGACGGUGAACGAAAGGCGAAGGCACGGAAAAGCGCGUAAAAAAUCCAAAUAAAAAGUUGAUGGAAAUGUGAGGCCCAAAUACGUGAGGCGCGACAUUUUCCGGACCAGUAUGUGUGUGUGCGCGCUUGUGUGUGUGUUUUUCUGACUCGAGGCAGAAGUAGAUUGCCGUAUAUCAAAGCCCUCAAAGCAAACAAAGUGCGAAUUGAUAGGACGCAAAGCAAACCCAAUAAAGUGAUAGGAAAAGGAGUCAGCCGAGGAUUGAAAGGAGUGAAAAGAAGUAGAGGUGCAACACUAAAAACAGACCGCAAAUCGAGUGGGUCAUCGCAAAAUGUUGACCCUGUGGACGGCACUUUUCUGCUGCCUGUCGGGGCUGGCCGUGUGCUACCAGCGGCAAUCUGUGAGCAACAACAAUCACAACAACGCCGAGGCGAAGCCCACCCACGCUCCCCCCUCGCAUUAUCCCCAUGGCCACAAGUGGAACGAGCCGUACUUUGAUCUCACCAUGCCCAGGAACAUCACAUCGCUGGUGGGCAAAUCCGCAUAUCUGGGCUGUCGUGUCAAGCAUCUGGGUAAUAAGACGGUUGCCUGGAUACGACAUCGCGACCUGCACAUCCUCACCGUGGGCACCUAUACCUAUACGACGGACCAGCGGUUCCAGACCUCCUACCAUCGGGACAUCGACGAGUGGACCCUUCAGAUCAAGUGGGCCCAGCAGAGGGACGCCGGGGUGUACGAGUGCCAAAUAUCCACGCAGCCCGUGCGCAGCUACUCGGUCAACCUGAAUAUCGUGGAUCUGAUAGACGCCGAGACCAGCGACAUGAUGCAGCAGUAUUAUAGCGACGACGCCUUCUAUAUAGCCGAGAAUCGGGUUUAUCAGUCCGGCAACGAUGAGUUCGCCGGGAUGUUCGGACCCAUUCAGACAGUUGCGGUGCCCACGGCCACCAUUCUUGGAGGACCGGAUCUGUAUGUGGACAAGGGCAGCACCAUAAAUCUCACUUGCAUCAUCAAGUUCAGCCCGGAGCCGCCGACCCAUAUCUUCUGGUAUCAUCAGGACAAGGUUCUCAGCGAGGAGACUUCGGGCGGUCGGCUGAAAUUCAAGACCAUCAAGUCGGAGGAGACCAAAUCCAUUUUGCUCAUCUACGAUGCGGAUCUCCUGCACUCUGGCAAAUACUCGUGUUAUCCUUCGAAUACAGAGAUAGCCAGCAUACGCGUCCACGUCCUUCAGGGCGAGCGACCCGAGGCGAUGCAAACGAACGCGGCGCCGGCGGCAGUGGCCCUGGCCUGUUGGUCCUGUCACUUUGGAGAGGCCACGCAGGCGGUCAGGGUAAUUAGCACAAUGGUGGCGGCCCUUGUAUUGUUGGAGGCCUGCUCCUCGUUGCUGCUUCAAAGAGGCGGUGGUGGUGGCGGAGGAGCAGGAGGAGGAGGAGGAGGACCCACUCGAAUCAGGAGCGAGCGACAGGAGAGGACCAGAAGCUACGCAGGUAACCCCAAGGAACCCUCGACGACGUCCGAGGAGCGAGUCAAUAGUGGCAGCCACAAUGCACGGUGAUAAAUUAAUGUCGCCCCGUUGGAAUUCCACCGCCAAUGCAGCAGCAGCCCCUAAAUGCAGUAGAAAUGAUUUAUAGGCGAACUUACGGGAGCAGCAGCAUCUGAGGUCCUUCCGCCCGAGCUGCAUGUAAUACCUUUCCAAAAAAAAAAAAUGAACCCAACUAAUUAUGCUAAUGAUGGAAGACGCCGUGCUCAUGGCGCUGCUCCUCCUCCUUCGCAAGUUGUAAGUAAGUGUGUUUCUAAUUAAGUGGGCUGGGGAUUAGUUAGUUAGGCGGAAAUCAGAGCCAUGUACAUAAACUUCUCACGUAAAUUGCCAGCACACUAGCGAACUUAGCUAAAUGGAAAGCAUUUCGAACGAAUCAUCAAAUUAGAGAACUAUAUUCAAGUGGUUUGCUUAUAGAGCCAUGCCUAGGUGUUUACAGAAAUAUUAAAGUAAAUAAAAUGGAAAACAGGGGGGCUUUUGGCAAGCAGCAGAAAUUUAAAAAUUAAAUUUUAAGGUAUUCUCUAAAAUAAUUGGAUUUAAAUACCUAAGGUAAAGUGUAAUUCGUUUUUAAAAAAUAACAAAAUAAAUUUUAUUUGUAUAUAUAUGUAGAACUCAGUCUCCCUAAGAUUUGAUUUUAAAUAUCUACUGACUUCCCAAAGACCCCUGUUUAGAAACGUAAGAAUAUACAAAAGUAGCAAAAGUUUACUCAGAUUGUUGUAAAUAUUAAAGGGAUUCGUUCUUGAUUUGUCUGUGUUGUCCUUGGGUUACCCUGUAUAGCUUAGCGUUUAAGCAUUGUAAAUAUUUAGACGUACAAAGUAGCUAACUGUUUGGACACGAACUUCUCCGAAGGUUCCUAAACCAACAAAAUUUUUGAACACAAUUUACAUGUCCACUUCUCCCUCAAUAAUCUAUGGUAACUCAGAUAAUGCAUGAGAAAUUCCUGCCAAAAACACGCCUCAGUUCGAAGUGCGACUUUCCGGGCUAACAAUUUAUUUAGAAGAAUUUCUCCAAGUCUUGUGGGCAGUUCCUGUUCCCAUUUACCAGCUCCUGGCAAUGGGUUCAUUGCUCUGCCCUAGCCCAGUAAAAUUUAGAGCUCCCAUUUCAGCAUGUCCGGUUGCAUUUUUACGCCCCUUACUGCCCCUCCGGAAAAUAGAAAAAAGGAAGACAGAACUGGCAAGUCACUUUUCACUCUUGUCAACAAAAUAUUUGCAUUUCCAUUUGCCGAAGCGCUCGCAGUCGAAUGGGUUCAGGUUGGUCUUGUCUUGAGGAACUUUGUCCUGCAAAUCGAGCCGAGGCUCCUUCGUCCUGUGCCACAUUUAAAAAUGUAUGGCCACUGGCCGGGACAUUGGGAAGCCAGGGCCUGUAAGGAGCUGAGUUUAACUGAUCAAAAUUGUAAAUAAACCUGCAUAUAUACCAUAUGAAUAAACUAUAAACUGUAAUCAAGUAUUUGUGUGGUAGUCAUACAUUACAUAUAAAAACACACACAUAAGAAUGCACACUGACAUCGCAAAUCGGUCUAUAUACAUGUACGGAUUUAUAUACGUAUCGAUAUUAAAAAUGUAAACCCAACGCAUGCAAAAUUAGUCGCGACAUGUAAAUGAAUGUUUAAUGGGUAAAUUAAUGUUGCCAUAUGAGGGACAGAAAAAACCAUGAAUAUAAUUGCAAUUAAGCAAAUAAAAUAAUAUAUGUUAUAAGCAUAAUAAGGAGAAAAAUAGCGAGUAUUAUAACAGAAGCCGAAAAGCAGAAAACGAAAACAUAAACAAAAACAAACUCUGUUGACUUUUGUUGCAAACAAAAUGGCAACGCAUUAUUCAGAUUAUGGAAAUUGUUUUUAAUUUUUAAACGACGUAGCCACGUAAAUAUGGAAAUCGGUAUGAAAAAUUUCAAUAAAGUUUUUUUUAGUUACUACCAUCCAAUGAUAA